AUGGGGAGAGUUGCAUUAUUAUUGUUGUUGUUAGUUUGUGUUGUGGGUGUGGAGGCCGGCGGCGGCUUCAACUACAGUGAUGGCUUAGACAAGGCUUUGCUGUUCUUGGAGGCCCAAAGGUCCGGCAAAUUGCCACCCGACCAACGCGUCAACUGGCGCUCCCAUUCUGGACUCAAAGAUGGUUUUAGUGAAGGAGUGAACUUGGUGGGAGGAUAUUACGAUGCAGGAGACCAUGUGAAGUUUGGGCUGCCAAUGGCCUUCGCUGUGACUAUGCUUUCAUGGGGAGCUGUAGACUUCAGAAAGGAGACUGUUCAUCUCAACCAGAUGUCCAAUACUUUGGCUGCCAUUAAAUGGGCUACCGAUUACUUCAUCAAAGCUCACACUCAACCUAAUCUUCUCUGGGCACAGGUGGGAGAUGGGGAAUCUGAUCACUAUUGUUGGGAGCGUGCAGAAGAUAUGACAACCCCUAGGACUGCAUACAAGCUUGAUCCCAAGAAUCCAGGAUCGGACCUAGCCGCCGAAACUGCAGCUGCCAUGGCUGCUGCUUCUCUAGCAUUCCAACCUUAUGAUUCUGCCUACUCUUAUCUCCUCUUAGUCCAUGCAAAACAGCUUUUCUCGUUUGCUGAUAGAUUCAGGGGACUGUAUGAUGAUGCAAUCCCAAGUGCCACUCAAUUCUACACAUCUUCUGGCUAUUCGGAUGAACUGCUAUGGGCAGCGGCCUGGCUGUAUCGUGCAACAAAGGACGACUACUACCUUAAAUAUGUAGUCGAAAAUGGUGGGUCAUUGGGCGGAACUGGAUGGGCAGUGAGGGAGUUUUCUUGGGACAACAAAUAUGCGGGCGUUCAAGUCCUUCUCUCCAAGAUUUCAUUGCAUAUGCAGCAGCAGCUGGAGCUCCAUAGCGAAGAAACUGCAACAGUACUGAAGCAAUAUCAGGCGAAAGCAGACUACUUCACCUGUGCUUGCCUGCAGAAGAAUGGUAAUGACAAUAAUAAUGUAGACCUCACUCCCGCUGGCCUCAUCUAUGUUCGUGAAUGGAACAACAUGCAAUACGUUUCUUCUGCCGCAUUUCUCCUCGCUGUCUACUCUCAAUAUCUAUCUGAGGCUAAAGCUGUUGUAAAAUGCCCUCAAGCCCCUCAACUCUAUCCUCAACACAUUCUCAACUUCGCUAAAUCACAGGCUGACUACAUUCUGGGUAACAAUCCAAAAUCCAUUAGUUACCUGGUCGGAUAUGGCGAUCACUAUCCCGCCCACGUUCACCAUAGAGGUGCCUCCAUUUCACCCAUCACUGUUCUCCGCUCCACAGUUGGAUGCGUGGAGGGGUUCGAGAAAUGGUACCGCCGCCCUCAACCAAAUCCUAAUGUCAUAUACGGUGCUCUUGUCGGCGGUCCAACCAACCAGGAUGACUUUACAGAUGAUCGCUCCAACUAUGAACAAACUGAGCCAACAUUGUCCGCCGCUGCACCACUCAUUGGACUCUUCUCCAAAUUGCACUACUCCUACUCUCUCUCUGCACCUGCACCAGCACCAGCACCAGCACCGCCCGCCCCUUAUCAUCCUACACCAUCGCCAAACCCGCCGGUGCAGGCUUCUGAUACCAAAGAUGUAGUUAAGUUAAUGCACUCCAUCGCUUCUACAUGGACGGUGGGAAAGGAAACCUAUUACAAGCACAAGGUUGUGAUCAAGAACGUCUCCUUCAAGCCAAUCACCGACUUGAAACUCAGGAUUGAAAACCUUUCUGGGUCUAUAUGGGGGCUCAGUCCGUGCCAGCACCUCAACAACACCUACCAGCUUCCCCAAUGGUUAAAAACACUCAAACCUGCUUCAGAACUCACUUUCUUUUAUAUCCAAGGUGGUGCUCAAGCCAAGAUUUCCGUUUUAAGCUACCAUAUCUAAUUUACUCCAUCUACUCACCCCCAUUCUAUACUCACCAUUUUGCUCAAGUCUCUUGUUUGAUUUCUUUAAUCAACACAAAUCUUUAUUGUCAUUAUUAUUAUUUUUAAAUACU